AUGCCACACGCCCAUGGAUAUAGAGCUAGAACCAGACAUUUGUUCUCCAAGUCAUUCAGAAACCACGGACCCGUCCACCUCUCAAAAAUCUUGGAAGUAUACAAAAAAGGUGACUUCGUUGAUGUCAUUGCCGACGGUAGCAUCCACAAGGGUAUGCCACACAAAUUCUACCACGGAAAGACUGGAAAGGUCUUUGAUGUCAACCAACAUGCAGUUGGAGUUAUCGUCAACAAGCAAGUUAGAGGAAGAAUCGUUCCCAAGAGAAUUCACGUGAGAAUCGAACACGUUCGCAGAAGUGAAUGCAGAGAAGCCUUCAAGAGAAGAGUCAGAGAAAAUGACGCCAAGAAAUAAGAGGCUAAACUUCAAGGCAAAAAGGUUUUCACCAAGAGAAUCAACGUUCAACCCAGAGAAGCUCACACCAUUGAUGUCACUAAGACCUCCGUUGAGUUCAUGAACGCAUUCAAGCACAGAGACUUGUUCUGA